AUGGAAGGGCUAUUGGCCGAACAAAAGGUGACGCUCAAAUCAAUCACUCGCUCAUUGGAGAAUUUUAAAAAAAUCGGAAAAGACAAUCUCACGUACGGAAUCGUGCGAUCCCGCCUGCAAAAAUUGAAGGAUGAUUAUGCUCGAUACGAGCAUACACAUGCCAAGGUACUCGCUCUCGCAACCGAGGACUUCGUCGCCACCCACAAAUAUUUCACCGAGGACCGAUUCUCCGCUUGUGAAGCAGCAUAUUAUACCGCCUCUGAUUACAUGGCCGAAUGGGAAGCGCAGCUGGAACCCCAAGCGACAUCCACUCCCGAGCCGUCAUCCAUCGUAAGCCAUCGUCAAAACGCCUUCACAUCCCGGUCAGCGUUUCAACUUCCGCGUAUAAGCUUGCCGAGAUUUUCCGGCGAAUUUAGCGAUUGGGAAUCGUUUCGCGAUCAAUUCAAAGCGUUGAUAAUCGAGAACAGUGAUCUCGUAGAUGUAAAUCGCCUGCAAUAUUUACAUUCCUGCGUGAAGGGCGACGCGUUUGAUAUCGUGCGAAAUCUCGCGUUAGUCGAUUCGAAUUUCAAGGUCGCCUGGGACUUAUUAAUAGCACGCUACGAUAACAAAAGACGCUUGGUGCACGAGCAUAUUCACGAGUUGACAUCACUCACGCCGAUUAAUUCCGAAUCCGCGUCCGCGCUUUCCGCGUUAAGAGAUAAAGCGAACGUGGCAAUUAAAGCGUUAAAACAUCUCGGGCGGGCGGUGGACCAAUGGGACGAUAUUCUCGUAUAUUUGAUCGUGCAAAAAUUCGAUAAGGCCACUCGAAAAGCGUGGGAAUUGCAGCUCGGAGAUACAACCGAAUAUCCCACGUUUGAUAGUCUCGAACAUUUUUUAACCUCGCGUAUCCGCGCUUUUGAGAAUAUUCUGCCGUUCAAUAAGGGCAAGACUUCGAAUCAGCUGUCGGUGCAAAGCCAUGUAACAAAUACAAGUGCAAUGAAAUGUCCCGUUUGUCAGAAACCGCAUCUAUUAUUUGCGUGUCCGGAAUUUCGAAAUAAACCCGCAAGCGAACGUCGAGAAAUAGCUCAAAGGGUUCGGUGCUGUUACAAUUGUCUGAGUACCAAGCAUAAUCGGAAAAAUUGCCAAAGCAAACAUACGUGUCAACAGUGUCAACAGAAGCAUCAUACUCUUCUCCACGAAGUCGACACGAGUAAAGUUAAUGAAGCACGCUCUCCGACUGCGAGCACCUCGACGGCGGAUGAACCCGUCUCGAUUAAUACGCACGUUGUUUCACGCGUUAACUUUUCAAAAACUGGCAUUCUACUAGCGACAGCUUGGGUCGCGGUUCAUAGCGCUACCGGUACCCGGGACGUCGUACGCGCAUUAUUGGAUCAGGGCUCGGUCACAACUCUCAUUUCAGAACGAUUAGCUCAACGUUUGCGACUUAAGCGAUCUCGUGUUUCAGUCUCGAUAACAGGCAUCGGAUGCGCGGCGUCCGUUGCCAAACAAGCAGCACGGAUUGACAUCUCCCCCCGCGACAUGUCAGGUCCUGUGUUGUCCGUGACUGCGUUGAUAUUAAAGACAUUAACAAAUUACAUUCCACAGCGCGUAGAAUCUCUCGCCGAGUUGGAAUAUCUGCGCUCUCUCAAUCUAGCCGACAGCGAUCCAACAAGCUCGGAACCCAUCGAUAUCAUUAUUGGAGCUGACCUUUACGGAUCAGUUCUGAGAUCAGGCAUUCGAUCGCGAUCUUCACAAGAACCCGUAGCGCAAAACUCCAUUUUCGGGUGGAUUCUCUCCGGACCUAUGUUCACGGAACUAGAGUCCGCCUCCCAUCAGUUAUCGACGCAUCACUGCACAGUGUAUGCGGACCUCGAUAUGCAGUUGAAGCGCUUUUGGGAGAUUGAAGAACUCCCUCGUUCGCGUCACAUAUCUCCGGAGGAAAAGCGGUGCGAAGAACAUUUCGCGUCGACUCAUUCUCGCACUCCGACCGGGAGAUACAUAGUCAGGCUCCCAUUCAAAACGCCUCCUCCAUUGAGCCUCGGCGAUUCAAGGUCGGCGGCUCUAGCCUUGUAUACUCGAGCCGAAGCUCGUUUGAAAGCGCGGCCUGAACAAGCAACCGAAUACCACGCGUUUUUACAAGAGUAUAAUCAAUUAGGACACAUGAUGAAAGUGUCAUCGCCGCGCCACAAUUCUAAUCAAAUAAUUUACAUUCCUCAUCAUGCAGUCAUACGUGAACACAGUGCCACGACCCAUCUGCGUGUCGUGUUCAAUGCCUCCUCGCCUACGUCAAAUGGUUUGUCGCUUAACGAUCAUCUCAUGAUCGGUCCGAAGUUACAAACCGAUUUGCCAUCGAUCCUCACGCGCUGGCGACAGUUUCGCUAUGUCUAUACUGCAGAUAUUGCAAAAAUGUAUAGGCAAAUUUUAGUUGAUCAACGCGACACCGACUAUCAACGGAUUCUGUGGCGAUCCGAUGUCGACGCUCCGAUAGAAGACUAUCAAUUGCAAACCGUGACUUACGGUACAGCAAGCGCACCUUACUUGGCCAUCCGAGUUUUAAACCAACUCGCUCUCGAUGACGGCCAUGACUUUCCCGCCGCAGUACCAGUCCUUCAACAGCAUACUUAUGUUGAUGAUUGUGUUUUCGGCGCAGACGAUAUCCCGCUCGCUCGUAAGACAAAGGAUCAGCUUGUAUCCUUACUCAAUAGAGCAGGCUUUCAACUUCGCAAGUGGGCAAGCAACAAUCAGUCGUUGCUUGCUGAUAUCGAUCCUCAUGAUCAUGGUCUGGCGCAAGCCAAGACCCUGCAAACGGACGAUUCUCUAAAGGUCUUGGGUCUCAAAUGGAACCCCUACGUUGACGCGUUUCAGUUUGAAAUAUCGCUGUCGACCGAGGUUCCUGGAACAAAACGCGCCGUUUUAGCGACCAUCGCUACCAUAUUUGAUCCACUUGGGUGGUUAACACCCGUCGUAAUAACAGCGAAGAUCUUUAUGCAAAAACUGUGGACGGCGCGAUGUGAGUGGGACGCCGUGCUUCCCCAUGAAUUGUUCGCUGCUUGGCGUAGCUACUACGCGCACCUAUCGACUCUGCGCGAGAUUUUAAUUCCGCGAUGGAACGGGUAUGGGUCCGACACGGUUUCAGCGGAAAUUCAUGGAUUCGCCGACGCGUCUACUGCCGCGUAUGGAGCCGUCGUUUAUUUAAAACUGACCAAACGUAACGGAUCAGUCAAAAUCACGUUGAUGAGCGCGAAAUCUAAAGUCGCCCCGCUUAAACCCCUCACGGUUCCGCGGUUGGAAUUAUCCGCGACGGUGUUAUUAGCUCGCCUCAUUGCAUUCGUGCGAACUCUGAUCCCUAUCCCUUCAAUGAUUUGUCACUGUUGGACAGAUUCCACGGUCGUACUAGCAUGGCUCAAGCAAUCUCCCGCUCGAUGGAAAAUUUUCGUGGCCAAUAGGGUCCACGAGGUUCAAAGUCAAGUUCCAGACGCGAUAUGGCACCACGUUCCAUCACCGCAAAACCCUGCCGAUCUCGCUUCACGAGGUGUCCAGCCGGCCGACCUAAAGGAGCAUCUAUUAUGGUGGCAAGGCCCCGCGUGGCUUCAGUUACCCUCGACUCAAUGGCCGGAGGGAAGUGAAUCUGUCACAACAGAGUCGCUUACGGAGGCUCGCGCUUAUGUACAUAUCGCUCAAACCCCCAACGAAUGGGAAUUAAUGACGCGUUUUUUGUCAUGGACAAAAUUAUUGCGAGUGACCGCAUAUAUACGGCGAUUCACGCAACGUCUUCGAUAUCGCCGGUCACAGCCAUUGGCGAGCCCUAACGCUCCGGUGAACAUCACCAAACUAUCGCUGUCGCUAGCACCGGAUGAGAUUGAUUCCGCGCGAAAAUUUUGGUUGAAGUCCAUUCAACAACAACUGUUCUCGACAGAGCUGUUACGUUUAAAGGACGGUAAGUCCGUGCAAAAGGGCAGCAAACUAGCCUCCUUAAAUCCGUUCCUCGACAACGACGAUUUAAUUCGAGUCGGAGGCCGACUCCGUCAUUCCGAACUCGCCGAAAAAACGAAACACCCAAUUGUACUCGCAUCGCAUUCAUUAGUCUCGUCUCUUAUACGUCACAUUCAUCUACAAGCUCUGCACGCCGGAUCGCGCUUGACGUUGUCAAUUCUUCGCGAAGACUUCUGGUUAAUCCGCGCUCGGCAAACCAUACGGUCAGUUCUUUACCAUUGCAUCGCCUGCACUCGUGAAAACGCAAAAAUCAUUCCCGAGUUGAUGGGCGAUCUUCCGGAUUAUCGAGUUCGCCCUGUUGCUCGCGGGUUUUCUCACUGCGGAAUCGAUUAUGCCGGACCAAUUAAAGUGCGAACGACACCGGGACGGGGACACAAGUCGCAAAAGGCAUAUAUCGCCAUAUUUAUCUGCAUGACUGUUAAAGCGACUCAUCUGGAACUAGUAGGUGAUUUGUCAACGCCGUCUUUCUUGGCUGCUUUCGAUCGGUUCUGUGCUCGUCGAGGUGUUCCAACCGCGAUGUAUUCGGACAACGCAACUAAUUUUCAGGGAGCUCAACGCGAACUAGCUACUGCCUGGCAUACGGCUACUCACGAUUCGAAUAUUUUAAACAACCUCGCGGAGAAAGGCAUCAGUUGGAGAUUCAUUCCUCCGUCCUCUCCACAUUUCGGUGGAUUAUGGGAGGCCUGCGUUCGGAGCGUUAAGUUUCAUCUAAAGCGCGUCAUCGGUGCUCACACGCUCACAAUCGAAGAGAUGAGCACCUUAUUAUGUAAAGUCGAAGCGUGUCUAAAUUCGCGGCCUCUCGGGCAGAUGUCGGAUAAUUACGAUGAUUAUCACGCUCUUACUCCGAGCCACUUUCUCAUUGGAUCCUCGAUGCUAACGAUACCAGAAACGUCUCUACUCAACGAAAAGGAAACGCGUCUUACCCGAUGGCAGCUCAUUCGUCAAAUGCGCGAUAGUUUAUGGAAGCAAUGGUCACAGGACUAUCUGCACACGUUGCAACAACGGCCUAAGUGGCGUGAAAGGCAGAGUUUAGCCCGGGUAGGGCGCUUAGUACUAUUGCGAAAUCCGCUAGCGCCUCCCUGCGCUUGGGAACUUGGGAGGAUCGUGGAAUGCCAUCCGGGAGACGACGGCUUAGUCCGGGUCGUUACUGUCAAGACAGCCCGCUCCAAGUACAAGCGAGCCGUCACAAAAUUAUGUUUUCUACCGAUUGACGUGAAUCUAACCCAUGACACUGCGGAUGACAUUCCACGAGCCAUCUCUGCUGAUACGUCUAAAAAUUAA